CCUUCUCUUCAACAGAAGAAUGUUGUAAUCUGGACGAAGCACUGGAUGUCAGUGAGCGCGCCAUUACGUCCAUAGUUUACGUUAGCUAGCAGGCUAUUUUAACCUUUCUUACACUCUAAAGUACUUGCAUAGACAGUUUUAGAAUAACGGGUUAAACUUGUUGAUAGCAUCACGGCACAACAUUGUUGCCUCAAAGUCCAAAUUAAUGUGUAAGAUUCUUUGCUCUUGGCAACCAAGACGCUCAGCCUUGGUUACGGCGCGUUUUUGUCUAGACAGACUUGGGGUGCGUUCGUAAAUUCGUUAGUUAUUCUGCUCCCUGGCACACUCUAAGAGAGUGCUCUGAAAUCGUAGUAGAUAGCCAGAGUGAAUUUUCGAACGCACCCCUGAUCUCCUCAUAAAGUUUUCCAAUUUGUGACAUAUGGGGGCGCUGUUCAAUUACUUUUGAAGGCGUUGCUUUGUUGAGACUUUGUAUUGUAACCUACAGCGCACUGUCGGUUUUCCCCCCCAAAUGUAUUUUUUACGUCGUGGAGGAAUGAGAUUCUGAUUGACACAGGUUCGUGUAUUCACUAUUGCACACAGAUGUGAAGUCGUAUGUUAUCAUUGCUGCUUUGAUACGUAUACUUGACCUAUAACUCACUGCUUUUAGGUAACUGUUUACAGCAACAUUUGAACUAGCGUCUUAUUUAGCCACUUAGCUAAAUAAGUGACUGACGCUAAGUAGCCCACUCUGGCACGGUUGUUUAAAUGAAAGCGGUUAUUCUCGCUGCGGGAUAUGGAACAAGGUUGCAGAGAGAUGUUGAUAACGACACGAGCGGAAGAUUCAAACAUCUGGCUGGCAUUGCCAAGCCACUGCUUCCUGUGGGGCACUGUGCCUUGAUAUCUCACUGGGUCCAAGCUUUGAAUACCACUGGAUGCGUGGACACCGUCUUUGUCAUUACCAAUGCCCUUCACCACAAAGCAUUUGAGGAGUGGGCCCUGGACUUCCCUAAUGUCAAAGUACUAAGUGAUGGAACAAAGAGCAAUGAGGACCGUCUUGGUGCUGUCGCCUGUCUUCAGCUAACAGUCAAGCACUUCAAGAUCGAAGACCAUGUAAUAGUUAUCGGAGGAGACACUUUGUUCAAGGAAGAGUUCAGUCUCAUUAAAGUUAAAGAGAAGUUUUCUGACCUGCAAGCAAUGUGUGAAGACAGCAGUCUGGUUCUUUCCUACCAAUGUAAAGAUGAGGAGACACAGAAGUAUGGUAUUUUGGAAGUCGAUGAACACCUUCGGGUGCUCUGUAUGAAGGAGAAACCUCUUCCGUCGGAGACAAAAUCAAGGAGAGCAUGUCCAUGUUUCUACUUGUUUUCCAUGAAAAUCCUUCAUCUAUUGGAUGCCUUUCUUGAUGAAAAUAAGGAAGCACCAAUCGAAGAAAAGGACGCACCUGGAAACUUUUUGUCAUGGCUCAUUUCAAGAAAGCCUGUGUAUAUUCAUCAGAUUUCUGGCCGUUUUGAUGUGGGAAACCUGCCCUCCUAUGUUGAAUGUGACCGGUACUUCAAAGAAAAUCUUCGAGAUGUGAAGUCUUAUAUGAUGUAGUGUGCACAGAGCCAUGUUUGAGAUUUACAAUUUUCUUCACAUUGCCACUUUAUUUGUGCCUUAAUAUUAAACAUUUUCAAAAUAUUCUAAUUAUAUUAAUCAAAAUGUGUAUUUGUAUAUUUAUUGGAAAUUAACACAUCUGUUCAUAUUUUAGUUCACUGUGACCCUAAUUAAGAGGAUGAAUUAGU